CUACAAAGCAAUACGUGAUUCCAUUGAAAAGUCAGUUGCGAGAGUGGGUUCAGCCCAGCAGUGUCGAGGACGAAGUUCUUCACCGCUUGUGAACAGACUCGCACCAGCUAACACCCCUCCUCUGGGUUCUAUUUGGUGAUAUUUUAUUCUUCCCUUUUCUUGAGUGUGUAACAACAAACUUUUAAGAUUUAGAUGAUUGGGAGCACGCAGUCUUCAGCUAGCCACUGGUACAGCUGAGGAGGAGGAGUAUAGAGAAGAGCUGUGAGACUCUACGUAUUGACCCACAGGGGCACCUACCAAGUGCCAGUGCUAAAAAAAAUCGUAUUGGCACCAUUUUGGAUAAUAGAUUGCUACACAAGGAAGUCAGUAGGUUUGCUUGUAUCACAUACAAGCCUAGUAACUGAUACAUAGAAAGCAUUUACUAAUACAAAGGAAGAACUAAUGUAGACCAAGCCCGGAAACUUAGAGUGAAUUGACUAAACAGUAUCUAGUUUUUUGAUUGCUUUAAUCACUGUUUCAAAUGGGAUUAACUGAGAAGCAGGGACAGGUAUCAGCAGUGGCAGGGUCUGCAUCUGCAUUUUGAUGUGUGUCUCCAAUGGGAGUGAUCCACCUGCUGACCAAGUCUGCUGGUGGGUAGCCUAUAUGCCGGAUUUGCAAGCAUCUUAAAGGCUCAAGUUAUGUUGCCAUGCCUAACACUGCAUGGGAUAUUUUCUUUCCAAUUGCUUUCUGAUUAUUAAAUUGAUACAAGUUCAUUUUAGGAAGCUCAGAAAGAAGAUAAAACUGCACUCAUAAUUCCCAAACUCGGAGAGAUAACUUUUAACAUUUCGGUAUAUAUCCUUCUAGAAAUGAAAUUACAUGUUUUAUGGCCAAGCAGGGUUCAGUUCAAUAAGUCCCAUUAUAGCAUUUCAUCAAUAUGUAGAAUCAUAAUGCUGGCACAAAGCCUGGUUCCCUCAGUGAUCCUGACAAAUUACCUCACUCUCUGAGUGUUCUCAACUUAAAAUAAGGUGAUACUAUUGCCUGUAUUAAUAAAUAAUAAUUCACGUGAGUGCAUCAUGUACUGCCUGGCAUAUAGUGACUACUCGGUGUGUUUAUUAAUACCAAGGACAUGGUACCGCAUGCUCACAGGGCUAGGCAGGCCCUAUAGAUCACCUCCCAUAGUUCCUGCCUUUCACAGGCACAGGAACAGACUCAGGGAAGUAGUUUAAUGUUGCACGGCUAAUUUUAGUAGAUCUGUUAUGCCCCUGUUCCCUCUGCUCAAACGCCACCUCAGAAUGAGUCCCUGAUUUCUUUCCUCCCUCCCUUUGCCAUAGGCCUUGUUAGUGUCCUCUGUUAUAGUAACCAUGGAUUUGAAUUUAUGGUUUGACACUUAUCUUCCACUUGUCUGUGACUUCCUCAGGGUCUUGGCUAAUCUUGGAACUUUGUAUGUUCAGAAUCAAGAUAAUUGACAACUAAUGAGUGUUAUGGUCGCUGGGGAGAAGAGCUAGCAAUGGCAGCAGUGUCCAGAUAUGUGAAGGGCAUACUCCAUCUCGUGUCAGUCACACAAUUGCCUCACAGGUGUUUGUCGAGUGCUGACUUUGUGCCAGGCAUGGGCCAUGCAGGGCUGGCAGUGUUGUGCAGGACAAGCUGGACCUUUCCCUAGGAAGUUUGCAGCCUAGUAGGCAGGCAGGCAGGCACCAGACAAGGUGCUUUGCUUGUUAUUGUGCUGAGCACCACAAAGGAGAGUCAGGGUGCUGGAGAGCCAGGAUCCUGGAACUUUUGCCCAAUGGAGCACAGGGGGGCAGGAAAGGUGCUUCCCAAGGUAGGGCAGGUGAGCACUGUAGCCAGCCAGAAGGCAGGUUGGAGUCCCCCUGGUGGGAAUAGCAGGUGCUGGGCCUAGAGGAGGGAAGAAGCAUGGCAUGUCCUGGGAAUCAAGAAAGCCAGGAUGGCAGAGGGUGAGGCUGAAGCUACUGACGUUGGCUGAGGCCAUGUUCUGGAGGCUGUGUGGAUCUCACUGCAGAUUUUCACUUUUAGCCUCAGAGCAGUGGAAAAACCUAUGAUUGUGCUUGCUUUUAGAUGUUGAUGGGUUAAUGAAGCGUGAUCAGGGUGAUAAGGUUUCUAAAGCUUAGAUAUUACUGGGAAUAUUUAGUUCAAAGAGGGAGGAGGGAGUUGUAAGUCAUGGAAAGCCACUCUGCUUGAGGAAUGGAGCACAGGAGCCCUGUGUGUCUCAGAGCACAUCCUCAGCUUGUGGAUGCUCAAAGAGGCAGAUCUUUCCUGAGGGCCCAAAGAGUUUCCUAAUCCUUGGAUUGGUCAGGAGCAGAAUAGGCUGCCUCCUGUGCUGUAGGGGGUGUGUGGGCAGAGGCUGCAAAGCCUUCUGCUAGGGAAGGUGUGAUUAGGAGUCCCAGACAUAGUAGGAGAGGCCUUCAGGCCUUUGAUGCCCCUCUCAGACAGUGUAAAUCAGAUGAAGUCAGCAAAUUUCAUAGUACCUUGCAGAUGAUUCAACAGGCCUGAAACUUGAUUUCACCCCUUUCUUUAAUCCUGAAGUUCAUAAACUUGAGGCUUUGUAAAAAAAUAAAUUUACAAAGUGAAGCAACUUCAGCACAUACGUUAUUAGUAUUACAUAUUUGAAAUUAUAUCUAUAGAAUUUUUUAAAGUAAAGAAAUCCUAUGAUUGUUCAAGAAAAAUAACUGUGGUUUGUAUUAGUAGGUUAGCCUGAAGUUACAGUCAAGGCUGAUGCCAGUCAGUGUGCACACACAAGCCAUUAUUUCAGGCAAGAGGAAAAUAACCUAUUCCAAAACUCAAGAAUAACAAAACACUGGCUACUCAAGAGGUGCUCUUACAUUCUUGAGUAAGUUGGGGGGGAAAGUGAAAGACAAUAGAGGAAUUGGAUGUUUCUCUUCCUAGGGAAACUUCCCCUUUGUGCAUUUAAUCUCAUUCCUGUUAUGGAAAUAAGCAACAGGCUGGAAACACCUAGCGGUGGCUAGCCUGUACUCUUAUAGUCUCCUAUCAGGCAGGGAGGGAUGGAACUGGGUUGGAACCGAUAGUGAUCCAAGUGACGGAUGGAGCAGUCUCUCAUUUGGAAUGGCAACGGCAAGUGGCGCUGUCUCCAGACCAUCUGAAUCUGGAGGAGCAGCUUGAGGGGAGAAGAUGACAGAGCCAAGAGCUGGGUAGAGCAGUAAUGAAGGUUCCCGCUUCCUGGCAAGCAAAGGCUACCAAGAGAAAAGACCAAGCGUCCAGUGAGGCUCCCCCAGCAAAACGGAAGAAAGAAACAUCCUUUCUCCCAGCCAAGAAAACUGGUGUUGGAGAAACUAGGAGGGCUUUUAGGGGCAAUGCACAAAAAACAUUGUCUCCAAAGAAGAAUUGGGCUAACACAGGAGAUCGAAAGCAAGAGGAUAAGCCAUGCAUCAAGACUUCAUCGCUGUUCAAAAAUAACCCUGACAUCCCAGAACUCUACAGACCUGUGGUACAUCAGGUGCGAGAACAGGUAUUUGCUCCAGAGACCUUCCAGGAGCUGGGCCUGCACCCACAUCUCGUUUCUACAAUAAGUACUGUCUUAAAAAUAUGCACUAUGACCAGUGUUCAGAAGCAGAGCAUUCCUGUGUUGCUGGAAGGCAGAGACGCCCUGGUGCGCUCCCAGACAGGCUCAGGUAAAACUCUGGCCUAUUGUAUCCCCAUGGUCCAGUCCCUUCAAGCAAUGAAGUCAAAAAUACAGCGCAGUGACGGCCCCUAUGCUCUGGUUCUGGUGCCCACGAGGGAGCUGGCCUUGCAAAGCUUUGACACUGUCCAGAAGCUGCUUAAGCCAUUCACCUGGAUUGUACCUGGAGUAUUGAUGGGUGGAGAGAAGAGAAAAUCAGAAAAGGCCAGGCUCCGCAAAGGAAUAAAUAUCCUUAUCUCAACCCCUGGGCGUCUGGUGGAUCACAUAAAAUCCACAAAGAACAUUCAUUUCAGACGGAUGCAGUGGCUGAUUUUGGAUGAGGCAGAUAGAAUCCUGGACUUGGGUUUUGAAAAGGAUGUCACAGUGAUACUCAAUGCUGUAAAUGCCCAGUGCCAGAAGCGACAGAACGUCUUACUGUCCGCCACGCUCUCAGAAGGUGUAGCACGGCUAGCUGAUAUCAGUUUGCACAAUCCAGUCAGUAUUUCUGUUCUGGACAAAAGUCAUGACCAGUCUAACCCAAAGGACCAAGUGACCCAGGAAGUCACUCCUCCCCAAGCUGCUGACCAGCUGGGUGGCUUUGCCAUACCAGAGAGUCUCGACCAGCAUGUGGCACUGGUGCCCAGCAAACUGCGGCUUGUGUGCCUCGCAGCCUUCCUCCUCCAGAAGGGCAAGCUGGAGCAGGACCAGAAGGUGAUCGUCUUCUUCUCGAGCUGCGAGCUGGUGGAGUUCCACUACCACCUCUUCCUGCAGACCCUGAUGAACCGCCUGCGGGCCCCAGCCCCUGGGCAGCUGCCCUCUGCCUCACCGCAACUGGCAUUCCUACGGCUGCACGGCAACAUGGCGCAGGAGGAGAGAACAUCGGUGUUCCAGGAAUUCUCACGUUCCAGAACGGGCAUCCUCCUCUGCACGGAUGUUGCAGCUCGUGGCUUAGAUCUCCCACAAGUCACAUGGAUUGUUCAGUACAGCGCCCCGUCUUCACCUGCAGAGUACAUCCACCGGAUUGGAAGAACCGCCCGGAUUGGCUGCCACGGGAGCAGCCUGCUCAUCUUGGCUCCUUCGGAGGCAGAAUAUGUCAACUCGUUGGCUGCUCACAAAAUCAACAUUUCUGAAGUUAAGAUGGAAGAUAUUUUGUCCAUUCUGGCAAAGGAUGAUUGUUUUAAAGGAAGAAAAAGAAACCACAAAUCCCACGCUGCUGGCCCCCAGGAAAUCCAUGAGCGAGCCACAGUCUUGCAGACAGUAUUUGAAGAUUACGUGCACUCCAGCGAGAGGACGGUCUCCUGGGCAAAGAAAGCCCUGCAGUCCUUCAUCCGCGCCUAUGCUGCGUAUCCCAGGGAGCUGAAGCACAUCUUCCACGUACGAUCCCUCCACCUUGGGCACGUGGCCAAGAGCUUUGGGCUCAGAGAUGCACCCAGGAAUCUCAGUGUCUCCACUGCGAAGAAGAGGAGGGCAAACCUGAAAAGGCCCGGCCUUCGCAAGAAGACCCAGAGCACACACCAUCUCGCCCAGGUCCUGCGCUCUGAAUAUGCAAGUGGCCUGGAGGCUUCGAGAGGAGGCCGGAAGGCGAAGCCAUCAGGAAACCUGUAGCCAAGGGAAAACAGAACUACCCUGGAGCCAGAAAACCCGGAGACAACUGAGGACAGCAGCCCUUCCUCUCCUCCCUGGGACUAGGCCUCCGAGUGGCUCUGAGGCCUGUUCUCAUCAGAGGAGGCACCUCUCCCUGAACACCCAGACCCCAGGACUCAGACGUCAGGGCCAGCCCUGACCCCUUGGUAGAGGAACCAUGAUAGAGUGAGUGGGGAGGGGCAGCCAGUAGGUCCGCUAGCCAGGUGACGGCAGAGAGAGGUCUUACAGGUGCUCCUCAGUGCCGGACGCCCAGCACCAGCGCGGUCUGCAGUGAUGGCACCCUCCCCUCGCCCACCCCGUGUCCUUGUCCAAAGAAGCUUCACAGCUUGACCUCUGCCCUGCCCUAACCCUAACCUCUGCCCUGCCCAUGCUGGUGUUGGCAUGAAUGAUGUGAAUUGGUUAAAAACUGGACUUGAGUUUGUACAAAAAAGUAUUUGUCAAGUAAUUAUUUUCUUUAUGUUCAAAUGCUUUUUUAAAUGAAGAACCAUAAAGUCUGGGUCAAAAUACAAA